CGGUUCCGGCUGCUGCCCUUGUGUAUGUUGUGAAGCUCGCUAGCUGUUUGCUGCAUAACCUGUUCUAUUCUUCUUCUGAUUCCGUUUCCACAAACUGAUCAGAGACUCAUAUUAAGAUCUGGAUCAGGACUUGGAGGCGGCAUGGCAGCCAGGAUUCUACCAGUGGUCAAGUUAGCCACAAAACUGGGUAUCGCCGGAGCCGUGUACAUGGCCUAUGACUCGGGACUCCUCGGUGGGAGCGCUGAAGGGUCCGAGGCUCUGAGCAGAGCUCAAGCAGCCGUCCGUCCUGCCGUGGAGGAGUGGGCCAAAUACUUCAGCCUGGAGCUUCCUGCAGCACCUAAAAUCGAGUUUUCUCCAGGUGAUGCCUGGAACACAGGAGUCCGUAAAUCCAUCCAUGCUCUAUCGGUGGCUCCGAGCGUGGCGUGCGAGUACACCGGUCACGGCAUCCAGUAUGUCAAGAACCUUAUCAAAUGAAUGCAUUAAAUAAAAAGAUCUGCAUUUCUGAUUCCUGUGUGUGAGCUGAACGCCGGAUGGAACAACAAUCCCAACACAAACGAAUCCCAUACUUUCACUUGAAAUUAAAAAGAACGACUGAAGACGUGGUCAGGUUUUUAUUAUAAUUACAAUCGAUACCUGUUUUAAAGGUAUUCCAAUAAAACGAGGAGAAGAUCAACAUGGGAUAUAAACAUCUAUAUUAUUAUUAUUAUUAUAUUUAUCUGCUCCUGGUACCUUCUCAGACCGCUGAGACCAAACUAAUGUACUUUGUUGACUAUAAAAAUAAACCAGAGACUUAUUUGGAA